UUUGCCCCAGUUUGGAGCACCAUGAUGUUCCCGUGCAGCGCGCUGCCGCCGCCUCUCUACCCGGGCUUCCUGCGCCCUCCCGCGGCUCUCUCCUCGCCCCUCGGCCGCUCGCUGCCCUCCGGCUUCCUGGUGGAGGAUCUGCUGCGGCUCAGCCAGCCUGUCGGCUACAUCCACCGGGCCUUCUCCUCCGGGAGCCCCGGGGAGCUUAUCCAACUCGGCCCGGGGCUGGGAGCUUCUGCUCGGCCGGAACCACCGAACCGAACCGUGUCACCGCACACGAGCUGCUCGGACUCGGGAUACCUGAAGUUCGGCGUCAGUACCAUCCUGGCCCCGUCCACACGGAGCGUUCAGAGUCUUCAGACGAAGUCGCUGCCGUUCUUUGACGGAAACCUUCAUCCUCUCAUCAGAGCCUCGUACUUCUCAGCCUCCUCCUCCUCUUCUUCUGUGGUUCCAGUCCCAGGAACGUUUUCUUGGCCUCUGGCCCCCCGGGGGAAGCCCAGGAGGGGCAUGCUGCGGCGGGCCGUGUUCUCGGACCUCCAGAGGAAGGCGCUGGAGAGAACCUUCCAGAAACAGAAGUACAUCAGCAAACCAGACAGGAAGAAACUGGCCAGUAAACUGGGACUGAAGGACUCACAGGUUAAGAUCUGGUUUCAGAACCGCAGGAUGAAGUGGAGGAACUCCAAGGAGCGCGAGUUGCUUUCGACGGGCGGCUGCCGCCAGCAGACCCUCCCCACCAAAACCAACCCCCACCCGGAUCUGACCGACGUGGGCAGCACCUUCUGCAAGCGGCUGACCCGAACUGCAGCCGACACCCAGGAGUCGCAUCCCCACCACCACCACCAUCAUCAUCAUCACCUUCACCACCAGAGCCCCUCCUCUCCAUCAGAUCUGAGCAAACAGUCGGAGUCGGACGGUGAAGAAAUCACGGUUUCAUAAAGAAGAGUGACGUCAGAAGCUCCAAAGUGCCUGAAUCUGCUGUGUAUAUAUCUGUAUUUACUCGCCGUGUUCCUGUACAGAGCUGUUUAUUGGCAGCUGAAUAAAGUUCACUGUGCUGCUCUAGAUUUAAUAUUUGUAGAUUCGAAAGUUUCAAACUUAAGGUUGCUAAAUGUUUUGCAUUUUUUUCAUAUUUUUGUUCAAAUAAAUAAAAAACAACUCUC